GCACUAUUAAAAAGAAUUGUCCUCAAAAGUAAUGAUUGAGCUGGAGAACACAAGAUGACAAGCUCCUGAUAUAACUUGCACUUUUAGAACUACACGCACAAAAACAAGUCAUUCAGGAAAUGAACACAUUAUCAUCUUUAUCUCUUCUCUCUAUCAUAUUCAUCUUUUCUAUUUUCUCAACACUGGGAGAAUCAAAGGCAAGCUAUUUCCCAGGAAGCUACAAAGCUUCAGUAGUGAAGAAACAAGCCCAACCUUCUCACCCAAAGUUGCCAUAUGAAGUCAAGUACUUCCCCCAAACUCUUGACCACUUCACUUUUCUACCCAGAGGCUACAAAAUCUUCUACCAGAAGUACCUCAUCAACAAGGACUAUUGGCAUAAGGGAGCCCCAAUCUUUGUGUACACUGGAAAUGAAGGAGAUAUUGAUUGGUUUGCUGGAAAUACUGGUUUCUUGCUUGAUAUUGCUCCAAAGUUUCAUGCUCUUCUAGUCUUUAUUGAACAUAGAUAUUAUGGAGAAUCAAUGCCAUUUGGGAAAAAAUCAUACAAGUCAGCAGAGACACUUGGGUACUUGAACUCACAGCAGGCCUUGGCUGAUUAUGCAAUUCUUAUAAGGAGUUUGAAGCAGAAUCUGUCCUCAGAAGCUUCUCCUGUUGUGGUGUUUGGUGGCUCCUAUGGCGGAAUGUUGGCUGCUUGGUUCAGACUCAAAUACCCACAUGUAGCAAUAGGUGCAUUGGCAUCUUCAGCACCAAUAUUGCAGUUUGAUAACAUCACUCCAUGGUCAAGCUUCUAUGAUGCAGUUUCUCAGGACUUCAAGGACGCAAGCUUGAAUUGUUAUGAAGUGAUAAAAGGAAGUUGGUCAGAGUUAGCUAGUCUUUCAGCAUCUGAGGUCACAAAGAUUUUCAAACCUUGCAAGAGCUUGAAACAUUUGACUUCAGCUGGGGAUUGGCUUUCAACAGCAUUUGUGUAUACAACUAUGGUGAACUAUCCAACUGAGGCCAAUUUUAUGAAGCCAUUACCUGCAUACCCAGUGGAAAAGAUGUGCAGGAUAAUUGAUAGCUUUUCAACCAAAGUUUCAAAGGUUGUUAAGGCAUUUGCUGCUGCAAGUUUAUACUACAAUUACACUGGAACAGAAGAAUGUUUCCACAUAGAAGAUGAAUCUGAUGAUCAUGGUCUCAGUGGUUGGGGCUGGCAGGCAUGUACAGAAAUGGUUAUGCCAAUGAUAACAUCAAACGAGAGCAUGUUCCCCCCAUCCUCUUAUAGCUAUACGGACACCGAGCGCUACUGUGCGAUGCAGUACGGUGUGAAGCCCCGACCGCAUUGGGCCGUCACUGAAUUCGGGGGCAAUGGGAUUGAGAAUGUCUUAAAGAAAUUUGGGAGCAAUAUCAUUUUCUCUAAUGGAAUGCAGGAUCCGUGGAGUAGAGGGAGUGUUCUGAAAAACAUAUCGGAUAGCAUUGUGGCUUUGGUGACUGAGAAAGGAGCACAUCAUGCUGAUUUUAGGCAUGCUACUAAGGAUGACCCGGACUGGCUCAUCAACCAAAGAGAAAAAGAGAUUGAAAUUCUUCACAAAUGGAUUGGGGAGUAUUACAAUGGAUAUCUAGGCCAACAUUAAGAGCAAAAUACCAUUUUCAUAGCUCUUUUUAAUAAUUAAAUUACAUUAUAAAUUCGUUUGUGAUCUCUCAGAAAUGAACUGCUUAAUUGUUUCAAUUGCAGCAAUACUGUCAUCCUCAUAAUCUGGUCAAUCCAUAACCUGUAAUGAGGAACCAAAUCAGAGUAAAAAGAGAUGAAAUGUUUGGCAAAUGUUGUAUUUCUCUGAGAAUAAGGCUUUGUUUGGUAGCCUUAUCUUGCUAUUUCUGCGUAUGAAUUUUUUCUAGUAUAAAAAAUAUCAGCAAAAAUGAAAAGCUUUGAAACGAGCAACUAAGAUACUCUAAU